AUGACGAUCAACGAAAAACAGAAGGACGAUCGACCUCUAUCUAAUGGUAGUGAUCGAGUGGAAUCAUUGGAAGAUCUUGUACUGGACAAUGAUUCUGGAGAAAUUAAUGAACUUGCUGUAGUGGCUGAAGGAGAGGAAAGGACAACAUGGUUCGUUUGGAUUCUGGUAAUGUGCUCGACUAUAUCGGGUCUGUUAUUCGGAUACGACACUGGAGUUAUAUCUGGUGCUUUGGUUACAAUAGGUUCAGACCUUGGACCUGAUGUUCUAUCAAACAGUCAAAAGGAAUUAAUUACCUCUUCAACGACUUUGGGCGCCCUGUUAGGUGGUCUUGUGGCCGGUGUCCUUUCCGACUGGACAGGACGUCGGCCCGUAUUGGGCAUAGCAGAUGUUAUUUUUAUUGGAGGGGCAGUCGCGCAGGCGGUGUGUCACGACGUUUGGAGUAUGAUUGGAGGUCGUUUUUUGAUUGGAAUCGGAGUCGGGCUUGCAGCAUGUAUCGCGCCUCUUUAUAUUCAGGAACUGUCGCCGACGCGUCUUCGUGGUCGUAUGGUCGUUCUAAACGUCGUCAUGAUCACUCUAGGACAAGUUAUCGCCUAUGGAAUAGGCGCAGGAUUCACUCAUGUACAUGGUGGGUGGAGGUGGAUGGUUGGCCUCGGUGCGGUACCAGCAGGAAUCCAGAUCGCGUUUUUGUUUUUCUUGCCUGAAAGUCCGCGAAUUCUACUUCGAAGAGGGAACCAUGAAGCAGCACAUGCCGUUAUGACCAAGAUUUACGCAUUUGCUAAGCCAGAGGAGGUUGAUCUCAAAGUGAAAGUUCUUCAGGCUGCUGUCAAGAGAAGCAUUGAAAUCACACAAACGACAACGUUCUUCCACCGAUUCAAAUCAAUGAUCAUGAAUCCAAUCAACAGACGAGCGCUUGUCGUUGGCUGUGGAAUGCAAGCUUUCCAACAAUUAUGUGGUUUCAACACGCUCAUGUAUUACUCUGCGACUUUGUUCAAGGAGAUCGGAUUCGACCAGCCCACAGCGGUCGGACUUAUCGUCUCCGGUACUAACUUUAUCUUCACACUGGUCGCCCUGAAGUGGAUAGACAAAAUCGGCCGCAGAAAUAUCAUGAUCUGGAGUGCACCUGGUAUGAUAUUUGGCCUGACGCUUGCCAGCAUCUCUUUCUUCUAUAUGACCAAGAAAACCAAUGGAAACCUAAUCGAUGGCACACAGUAUUCGACUACCUGGUCCGCUCUUGUCCUCCUCUCGAUGAUUCUGUUCGUUGCGUCGUACGCGACAGGUCUGGGAAACGUACCUUGGCAACAAGGCGAACUCUUCUCUCUAGAGGUUAGAGGAAUCGGUACCUCACUCGCAACCGCGACGAACUGGGCUGGAAAUCUGAUCAUCGGUUCGACCUAUCUAUCGCUCAUGGCCAAAAUUACACCCUCAGGUGCGUUUGGGUUCUACGCUGGGCUCUGUCUCCUUGGCUGGAUCUUUGUGCUGUGCUGCUUCCCCGAGACGGCCGGACUGAGCUUGGAGGAGGUCAAGAUGGUGUUCAGGAAUGGGUUCGGGAUUAGAGAGAGCAAACGACUACGGCUUGUGAAGCAGGAUAUCAAGGCCCGUGAGAAGAUGAGGAAGGAGGGCGGUGUUAAAGCUUGA